AUGCAUUUCUUCGCCUCAAAACACUCGACGAAUUUUGCCACGGAAGCUACAUGCGUUCCUUUCACUUCUUCCGAGAGAACAAAGCUCCAAGAAAACACGCCUAGGCUAUAUCCCAAGACGGCGACGGCCAUGAACGACAUAGCUGUGCGGGCUUGUUUGAAGUAG